AUGUUCUGCAACGCAGCCUCCCCUCCCAAUGUUCUGCCCAGCCUCCCCUCCCCUAUGUUCUGCCCAGCCUCCCCUCCCCUAUGUUCUGCCCAGCCUCCCCUCCCCAAUGUUCUGCCCAGCCUCCCCUCCCCUAUGUUCUGCCCAGCCUCCCCAAUGUUCUACCCGGCCUCCCUAAUGUUCUACCCUGCCUCCCCUCCCCAAUGUUCUGCAACGCAGCCUCCCAUCCCCAAUGUUCUACCCAGCCUCCCCUCCCCAAUGUUCUACCCAGCCUCCCCUCCCCAAUGUUCUACCCAGCCUCCCCUCCCCAAUGUUCUACCCAGCCUCCGGUCCCCAAUGUUCUACCCGGCCUCCCCUCCCCAAUGUUCUGCCCAACCUCCCGUCCCCAAUGUUGUGCCCAGCCUCCCCUCCCAAAUGUUCUGCCCAGCCUCCCCAAUGUUCUACCCUGCCUCCCCUCCGCAAUGUUCUCUAACGCAGCCUCCCCUCCCAAUGUUCUGCCCAGCCUCCCCUCCCCUAUGUUCUGCCCAGCCUCCCCUCCCCAAUGUUCUGCCCAGCCUCUCCUCCCCUAUGUUCUGCCCAGCCUCCCCAAUGUUCUACCCGGCCUCCCUAAUGUUCUACCCUGCCUCCCCUCCCCAAUGUUCUGCAACGCAGCCUCCCAUCCCCAAUGUUCUACCCAGCCUCCCCUCCCCAAUGUUCUACCCAGCCUCCCCUCCCCAAUGUUCUACCCAGCCUCCGGUCCCCAAUGUUCUACCCGGCCUCCCCUCCCCAAUGUUCUGCCCAACCUCCCGUCCCCAAUGUUGUGCCCAGCCUCCCCUCCCAAAUGUUCUGCCCAGCCUCCCCAAUGUUCUACCCUGCCUCCCCUCCGCAAUGUUCUCUAACGCAGCCUCCCCUCCCAAUGUUCUGCCCAGCCUCCCCUCCCCUAUGUUCUGCCCAGCCUCCCCUCCCCAAUGUUCUGCCCAGCCUCCCCUCCCCUAUGUUCUGCCCAGCCUCCCCAAUGUUCUACCCGGCCUCCCUAAUGUUCUACCCUGCCUCCCCUCCCCAAUGUUCUGCAACGCAGCCUCCCAUCCCCAAUGUUCUACCCAGCCUCCCCUCCCCAAUGUUCUACCCAGCCUCCCCUCCCCAAUGUUCUACCCAGCCUCCCCUCCCCAAUGUUCUACCCAGCCUCCGGUCCCCAAUGUUCUACCCGGCCUCCCCUCCCCAAUGUUCUGCCCAACCUCCCGUCCCCAAUGUUGUGGUCAGCCUCCCCUCCCAAAUGUUCUGCCCAGCCUCCCCAAUGUUCUACCCUGCCUCCCCUCCGCAAUGUUCUCUAACGCAGCCUCCCCUCCCAAUGUUCUGCCCAGCCUCCCCUCCCCUAUGUUCUGCCCAGCCUCCCCAAUGUUUUACCCGGCCUCCCCAAUGUUCUACCCAGCCUCCCCUCCCCAAUGUUCUACCCAGCCUCCCCUCCCUAAUGUUCUUCUACUCAGCCUCCCCUUGCUAAUGUUGUCCUGUUUCUGCUGUCCAGUAAUCCCUCCAAACCAAGCUAGAUUCCAUGAUAUAGUAAAAUCAGAAGAGUUAGUAACUAAGACAGUUCCCAAGGUGAGAAGCGACACAGAUUGA